CCAAAAGAUGAGAAGUUUAGUCCAAACUAAUAAUAUCACAAGAAGUAAUAAAGAACAUUUGAGAUUAAUAGUUCAACAAUAAGUAGACAUACGUUUGUGGAGUCACAGAAUAGUUUCAUUUUAUUCAUUCUCUUCAUAUAUGAAUUCACUAUUCAUUGAAAAAUGCAUUCACUCCUCCACUUCCAUGUCAAUUUUGACAUCCGUCAUUUCCUUUUAUUACUUUCAAAAUUACGUAAAAUGUCUAAUAAACCUCCAAAUGUAGUCCCAGGUUUAGGUUCAUCCAGCUUACUAGUGAAACCAAUCAAGGUAGAGGAAAAACCAAAACUCAACAAAUUCAAAUGUAGUGCCUCAGAAAACAAACUGAAAGUAAGCGGAAAAGGAAUCAAGGAAAGAAUCGUGAACAAAGUGAGAUCGUGGAGUAGCCGAGAUAAAUACGCCACGCAUGAAGGUAUCGAAGUGGAAACAGCUCUUGCAAAGUCUCCUACACCACAGGAAAUUGACAGUGAAUCAAUGGAGCACCUCGCCCAUUCAAACCUCACCCGAGCAAGGGACAGCCUCGAAAACUUAUUGAAGGAUGAGAGAAAUAUGCCGAACGACCAUUGGACUUCUCGAGCUUGCUCUUCUACCCCAGAAACGUCCCAGAAAAGUUCUCCUGAGUCCCAAAAAUCGGCACCAGACACUUCGAAAACGGCCGCCAAGAAUCUCAUCUGGGACCCUUUCGACAAAAAGAGCAGGAAGAACCGCAAUAAGGACUUAGGAAGAAAGAAAAAGAAACAUCAUAACGAAAGUCCGAAGAAAGAGAAUUCUUCCAUGCCUCUGGAGGGAAAACCUUAUUUGUCAAAGACAGUGUUAGGGGAAACUGAUGAGACCGAGACUGUGGAAGAGGAAUAUUCUUAUAAAUACGAAUAUUUCCCUAAGAAUAGUAAGUCGGUUGUAUUCACGAACGAAGUUUUCGUGGUUUAUUUCCAUGAAAACGAUGUGGUGUACGAGUCGAAGGAACCUUUGAAAAAGGAUAUUGAUCAACAAGAAAGGAAUAAAGAAAUGAGACAAGGGCAUCUGCUUAAAACUCAAGAAAAAUAUAAUUUAUGUCUGUAUUGAGAGUGUGACGUGGAAGUUGUGAUUAUUGUUUUUUAUAUGAAAAGAAAAAAUACUAAUGAGGUCCAGUAAUCAA